CAUCGGAGGGGAUGCUGAGAGCAAUUUCAGGUUUUGCUCCAAGAUCUUUCUACGUAAGUGAAAAAGAAGUGCUCAAAACUUGCAACUUGACAAGGAUGGAUAAAUACGUCACCCGAAGCAGACUUCGUGAUGAUGAACGUAAGGCAGAGGUUGAGGAACAGAAAAGAAAAUUCCUGACCAUGAAGUUGGUGGACAAGAGAAAGUUGUACAAGUGUAAAGAAAAGUUUAUCAAGCUUGAAGACCUUCCCGUGUGGCCUGAAUACUUUGAAGAACAUCUCAAAGAGGACGAGCAGAGCUUAUGUUGGUGGAAAAGGAAUAAACAUAGAGUGACAAAAAAAGUCUCUGAAGAACUGAAUACAAAAAUGUCCAUCUUCACGGGUGAUAUCACAUCUUUGGAAAUUGAUGCCAUAGCAAAUGCUGCUAAUGAGUCAUUGUUGGGUGGAGGUGGAGUGGAUGGUGCCAUUCAUGCGGCUGCUGGGCCUCUGCUGCGUUCUGAGUGUGAGCUGCUUAACGGUUGCAGUGCUGGGAAUGCCAAGAUAUCAUUAGGCUACAAGCUGCCUGCGAAAUAUGUACUUCACACUGUCGGCCCCCGAGGAGAGAAGCCUGAUGUUCUUCGGAGCUGUUACAAGAACUCUCUGAAACUUCUCAAAGAAAACAAACUGCGUAGUGUGGCUUUCCCCUGCAUUUCCACUGGUAUUUUUGGAUACCCUAAUGAAAAAGCAGCAAAAGUGGCUUUGGAAACCAUACGAGAAUUUCUUGAAACAGAUGAAUAUGGGAAAGAUGUUGAUCGGGUGAUCAUGUGCCUGUUCCUGAAAAAGGAUGUUGAGAUCUACCGUGAGCAAAUGCAGAUGUUCUUCCCAGUGGACCACUCAGACAAACAGGAGACCCCCCAGGACACAGAGCGGAAACCUGUAGAAUCUGAUGAGAACCCCCAGGACAGAGGGAGGAGACCUGUAGAAUCGGAUGAGAAUCUUCUGGAUAUGCAGGAAAGUCCUCAGAACAAACAGGAGAGCCCCCAAGAAUCAGAGAACGACCCUCAGGAUAUUCAGGGAAGCCCUAAAAACGCACAGGAGGGCCCCCAGGAAUCAGAAAAUGACCCUCAGGAUAUGCAGGAAAGUCCUCAGAACACACAGGUGAGCCCUCAAGAAUCAAAAAAGGACUCUCAGAAUAUGCAGGGAAGGGCUCAAAACACACAAGAGAGACCCCAAGAAUCAGAAAACGACCCCCACAAACCAGAUGAUCAAGAAGGAACAGAUGAAUCUAAACCUGCUGAUAAAUAGUCUAAGGCACAAGGCUCUAUCUAGGAGAUUGUGAUGGCCUUGUGUGUUAUAGCCAUCUGCUGUGGCCUGUGUGGGACUUCUGUGAUAUUGUAGUACCAAAAGGACAGAGGAAACAUUUGUCAUUGCUUCAGACUUGCCAAGUACUCUGAUUUUUUACAACAUUUUUAUGCACAUUGAUGAACACCAACCAGAUUUCCAUAAAAUCCUAUUUUUUUCCUUGAAUUCUGUUGCUUCCAUCAGUUGUUCGCACCUUAUCGUAAACCAUGUUGAAUACACUGAUCAUUUUGUAAAGAAAUUUCUAAAAGGUCAAUUAUUUUGAAAUAUACGUAUGAUAUUUUUAGAAGAUUAUCUCCCUUUUCCAGGAUUUCGGGGCAUGCGUCUGGACAAAUCUCCAGGAUCUAAAUGGCUAAAUAAUUACAUGAAAAUACAGUCGAACCAGUCACGACAUAGACUGCUACAAACAACCACUUUCUAUUUCCCCUCUUACCUUUUUUCUGUGUAAUGGUACUGCGUGAAACAAUAAUCUGUUCAGCUGCGGCCUCUAUAUUUUAUCAACUAACCGCCCAGAAACCUUUUUAAGAUGGUUACGCAAAUCUGUCCUCGCCCAAUGUCUAGAGUAGAUUAUAUAUCGGCUCCUGGUGCUGUGUAGGAGCCAUCAUAAUCCAUUUUUCUGUUGUUAUUGUUGGUCCCUCCAAUGAAUGGACCGAUCAUAUUUCUCAAGUUAACCAGUCGGUUAAAGCCUUUCAGCCUUUUGUUAGUGUAAUCAUUUAAAAAUAGAGUGAUUUUGACAUUUGAAUUCUUGUUCCAAAAGUAGUCCCAGUUUCUUUUUGAUUUUUUUCACACAAAUGGGGUAACUCAGUAACUGAUCAAGCAUUUGAUUUAGCAAAUAAAAAAUGUUGGCGCCAAAAUGGAAAAAGGUGUUUUGUCAGCUUAUGACAGUGACUGGGUUCUGGAGAUUGAUUUUUUUUCUCCCAAACUUCUAAUUUUUGGAUGGAUUCUGAGAAAAACUGGUAUUUUUGAUCAUGAUUUGUUAGCAUUAGCAAGUCUGUUUCAUCCUCAGAUUGUAGAUUGAGUGCAAGAAGUGAUUAUAAUUUCCACAUCUCUUGUUCUGAAUUCAUUGAAUACCUCUUUCUGCUCUCAACAGACAAUAACAAUGUUCCACAGAGAAAUACAAAGAUAAUUAUGUGAUAUGGGACUUUGAGGGAAAAAGGUCAAUAUUUCAUUGGUUGAGGGUGUUGAAACUGUAUCAAAUCAAUGUUCUUUUUGUGCAAAACAAUUGUAAAUAUUCUGUUUUUGAAUAUUGUGCCUAAGAGUAAGAGUUGAUAAAAAUUCGUUAUCUCCUAGAUUCCAUGAUGGAAAUGAUCCAUUAAGAUUCAGUUGUUAGCGACUGGUAGUUUCUCUUUUUGCCUAUAUUAUAUAAUUCAGUGUGGUCUUAUAACUUAUGGUGACGUGGACAUAUGCUAGGUUUCAUAGUGCGUUUUCUACUCAUAGAUGUAAGUGAGCCGUAAUCAUAUCAUUUUAAUCACUUUUUUUAUAGGGGAGGGAAGGGGGGAUUUAUUGACAUAAGCUAUUAGUGAAUACUAACACUCCUAUCUAUUUAACAAUCAGUAUUCUCUUAAAGACAGGAUGUACUAUCUCCCCUCCUUAUGGCACAAAAACCAAUGUGUCAUCACAAUACAUGCCAUGCAUAAUAUAAUUUUAAGUCUCAGUCUUAUUUUGCUUUGUUAUUUUUAGACAGUUUUAGCUUACAAUUGAAAAUUCUGUUCUAAUCUGCUGCAAAUGCAAUUCUGAAGAGCCGUAUGGCAAAAACAACAAUAACCAAAAGUAAAAAAAAAAAAA